AUGAAAGACUCUGACCCAUUUUUCAGAGGCAUCACUUCCCAGCCCACCUUGACUCAGCCUGCCUCCGAGACGGGAUCUCCAGGAGAAACCAUUAAACUCUCCUGUGCCAUCAGCAGCAAUCCAUAUAACAUUGGCUGGGUUCAACAGAGAUCUGGAGAGGCCCCUCGCUUUGUCCACUGUGAUGGCUGCAGCAGCAGGGGGCCAGGGAUCCCAGACCGAUUCACUGGCACCCGAUCAGGCAACAAUGGCUACUUAACCAUCACCAGCCUUCAGGUUGAAGACGAGGCCGAUUAUUACUGUUUCAUGUGGUACAGCAGUGGCAGCGUGUUGCACAGUGCUAUUUCACAGCCCACCUUGACUCAGCCUGUCUCCCAGUCUGCAUCUCCAGGAGAAACCAUUAAACUCUCCUGUGCCAGCAGCAGCAGCCCAUACUACACUGGCUGGCUUCAGCAGAGAUCUGGAGAGGCCCCUCGCUUUGUGCACUGCGAUGGCUGCAACAGAGGACCAGGGAUCCCAGACCGAUUCAUGGGCACCCGAUCAGGCAAUAAUGGCUACUUAACCAUCACCAGCCUUCAGGCUGAAGACGAGGCUGAUUAUGACUGUUCCAUGUGGUCUAGGAGGACUUAA